UUCUGUUACAAACAUACAAUCCCCCUCUCCUCUCCUUCUCGUCUCUGGUUUUCUUUUCCUCUUCUUAGGUUCAUUUCUCACCUUUGUUUGGUCAAAUUCCUCCUCUAAGCCUCUCUUUUCUUAAAUCGUUUCGGAAUCGAAUUCCUUCAAUCCCAGUGCCGUUCUUUAUCUUUCCCUUUAUAUUUUCCCACUUUCUUCUUUCACUUCCCUCUUACGCAUUCCAGGGCCUCUCUCUCCUCUCUCCCUAAAAGCACACUGCUUUCAGAGAGAAAAAAAAAAAAAAACUGCCCGUUCUUUCCUCUCUCGCUUUCUCUCUCUAGAAAAUAAUCGAAACUCAAGAAUCUCUGCUUCAGGAGGGGAAAAGGGUUUUUUUGUUGAUAAAAAUUGAUUCAAGUUUUCCACUUAUCCUCUGAGAAUGCCUCUGAAUCCUUCUCGUGGAUCAAUUUUUUCCACUUAAUCUUCGACGGAGCAGAGCUCCUCCGACAGCCAAAAGAGCAAGAGUUCAAUUGGUGUUUUCGAGUCAGCUUUCAUGAGUUUCGAUUACGAUUCGGAGGACUCCGAAAUUGAAGGAAUGGAGAAGAAGACCACUGAAGAAAAGAUUGAACCCUCUGAGCCGGGGAUUGAUGACAUUCUUGCUCUGUUUCCAAUUGAUCCUUCUGAGAAGGAAAUUAGAGGUUGGUUUCAUGGUUUUGAAGAGGUUUCGAUAUCGGCUAGUGAUUGCUCAUCUUCGACGGUUGAAGCUGAGAAAACCAUUGUUGGUGAGGAUGGAGUAUUUGCAAAACUGAAUUUUGUCUGGAAUAGUUCCGUAAUUUAUGGAAAAACAUCAAUGCCAUGUGAUAAGGUUAAGGGUAGUGGAUUUAUGGAGGAGUUUCUUAGUCUUAGCCAUGUCGAAAAUCGGGUAUUUGAUGGUAAUGGAGAUAAGGAAGCAGUUCCUGAUUGUAGCCUAUUGAUGGAUAAUUCUUCUCCGGGUGAGGAUGCCUUUGAUGCCAUGUCUUAUUCCUUGAGAUUCUUGGGCGUUGAGGACCUUUUAUCUGUUGAAAGGGUUUGCAGAUCUUUGCGCAGAGCUGUUAGAAAUAACCUUUUGUGGAGGAAAAUUUACAUCACUUGGCCAUUGAAUCAGAAGAUCACUGAUGAUGCUCUUGUAAAGUUAACUAGCCGGGCUGAAGGUAAUCUCGACUGCUUGAAUCUGGUGCAGUGCCUGAUGAUUACUGAUGAUGGUUUGAAGCGUGUGCUUGAUAGCAAUCCGAAGCUGAGAAAGUUAAGCUUGCCAGGAUGUCAUGGGAUUAGCGCGGACUGCAUUUUGAAUAAUUUAAGGGCCGCCAAGUCUGCAGGCGCUCUUCGAAUAAAGCUCCUGAGAAUUUAUGGGAUCUCUGGUCUAACGAAGAACAAGCUUGACGAGUUGAAGUCCUUGUUGGGUGAAGAUAACAAAAAGCAGCUUACAGCCUACAAGCCAAUGUUUUAUCAUGACAGUCAGACGCAUGUCAUCUCUAAUGGUGAUGAUCGUGCCAUUGACGUCGAUCUAUGCCCUAAAUGCCAGUGUGUGAGUCUAGUUUAUGAUUGUCCGGCAAAGAGUUGCCGACAGAAACAUCAGUCCGCUCAGUUGUGUAGAGCUUGCAGACUCUGCGUAGACCGCUGUAGUCUUUGCGGUUGCUGCGAUAAAGACUCCGAAUAUAUGGAGGAAUAUUUUCUACGAGUGUUUUGCUCGGAUUGUUAUUAUUCCCUGCUCGACUAUCGUGAGAAGCCCGGAGAGAAGGCUGUUUCCCCUACACUCACCUUUUAUAUUUUCGGCUGAUUUAGAAGACAUUGGAGUAUUGGACGUUGUAAAAUAAAAAAGGGAAAACAACCUGAAAAAGUUGGCAUCAAGAAAAGUAGGGUCCAGUUAGCUCAUGUCAGAGUAGCUUCUAUGCUGGAAACUUGCAUUCACCAAAUGCCAUGGAGAAACUACUUGAUUAUUGAUUGAUUUCCUCAGCAGCAUGUAAUGCUAGAGUUGCAAAUAAGAGAAGUAACCAUAUGCUAAGCAGGAAAAAAAAAAGAAAAGAAAGGAAAAACAAAAAAAGAAAAGGGAAGUAAAAUAUUUAGUGUCUUGCAGAAAGUUCAGACAAGGCUGGAAGAGAAGAUCUUUAAGGGAAUUUCUCUGUCAACUGAGUUAUGGUUGGUGCAAAUAGGCCUUCAGCCACUAUAUAUUCUUUGAUGUCAUCUUGAAAAAAAAGGACUGUACCAAUCUAAUAAAUGGUCAAGAUUUGGCUCUCGAGUCUUGACUGUGUUUAAGUCCAGCCAGUCCUAUAGACGAUCUUAAGAAGUUUUCUUUAAUACAUGAUGAGUGAGUUUUAUUCGCUCAUUUAGUAUCGUUUUACACUUAAUAUCUAGUUGGUUUUCGAGGUUUUUGUUAGUUUUUAUGUGUGUUUUUGUUCAUUGUUUGAAGGUUAGGUGAAAGUUUAUGAUUUGGAAGGUUUUGGACAACUUUUGGUGAAAAAAGAAAGCAAACACAGCGUUUAGAUGCUAAUUUGUAGCGUUUUGGCGCUGAGUUUUACAGUACCAGCACAUUUGGACAGAACGGGUAGCGUUUUGGCGCCCAUGACAGCGCUGCAGUGCUCUACAAAUUGACGUUGGUGCUGAUUUUUGCACAGCCAGCGCCGCAGCGCUAGGAACUCAGCGCCACGGCGUUAUGACGCGAGAAAAGACGCAUUUUGAAGGCCAAUCGUGAGAAAACUUACCCAUUUUGACCAUAAUGCUCCAAAACAUAUAAAUAGAUGAUUCUAGGGCAAUUAAAGGGACUUUUUAGACUGUGAGUGACGGUUGACUUUUGAGAGGAGAUUUAAGAAGAGAAAGGAGAAUUGAGUACGGGGAAGAACAACGGCUAAAAUCCGGAGACAGAGACGCUUCAAUUCAACUCCAAAUUAGUUUUUUUUCUUUCCUUUCCAAUGAU